AGUUGACCUUGUUUCCCAAGGGUUUCUAGGGUGAACUAAGGUCCUUGACACCUCGCCUAAGCAGCCUCGGCCAGCCGUCCAAAGGGCCACACCGAUGCGACGCACGACUUCCGACCAUGGCUUCGUCACAACCAAAAAUGGAGAGAUUCCUCCGGGACUGGCGUCAGGAUGCCCUUAACAAGGCGCAAUACGACUCGGCCAUCUUCAUCGGCGACAAGCUGCUGGCUAUGACAAAAGAUGACAACGACGCUUUCUGGCUUGCCCAGGUCCACUUCGCCGCCGGCAAUUACACGCGCGCCCACGAUCUUUUGACCAAACACAGCCUGAUCGGCUCGAACCCUUCUUGCCGCUAUCUGGCCGCACACUGCCUGAUUCGACAAAACAAUUUCACCGAUGCGCUGGCCCUCUUGGGCGAGCUCACCCCGACGCACCUUUUCACCACAAAUGCCAAACGGAAAACACACCGGACAACAGCCCGGGGCACCAGGGCAGGGUCCAAGAACCGCGAGCGCCAACCAGACGAAAUUAGCGAGGAAGAGUGGUCGACAAGACGCUAUGAGGCGGGCAUGUGCUAUCUGCGAGGGCUCUGCUACGCCAAGGAGAAUGCCUUUGACCGGGCCAAGGAGGCGUACAAGGAUGCCCUGCGCAUCGACGUGCAGUGCUACGAGGCCUUCACGCAGCUGGUGCGCAACUCGCUCAUGUCUCCCGACGAGGAAGACGAGUUCAUGCAGUCGCUCGACUUCAAUACGGUGCGGGCACCCAAUGGCGGCGACGACCCAGACCUGAAUACCGAGCCCGGGGACUACGUGCACAUGCUCUACCAGACACAGCUCUCCAAAUACCGGAACCCGCGCGCCUUCAACACAGCCAUCGAGUCGCUGUCUACACACUACGGGCUCGAGGACAACGCUGACCUUCUGCUCGCCCGCGCCGACUUGCUAUACACGCAGUGUCGCUUCAAGGACGCGCUCGCCAUCACGGCAGCGGUCCUCCAAGAAGACAAAACCAACUUUCCCGCCUACCCCGUCCACCUCGCCUGCCUGUACGAGCUCAAACGGACCAACGAGCUCUUCCUCGUAGCCCACGACCUCGCCGACAAUCAUCCCGACCACGCCUGCACCUGGCUCGCCGUCGGCACCUACUACCUCGCCACGUCCAAAAUUGCCGAAGCCCGCCGCUACUUCUCCAAGUCGUCCAUGAUGGACGCCACCUUUGGCCCGGCCUGGAUCGGCUUCGCGCACACCUUCGCAGCCGAGGGCGAGCACGACCAGGCCAUAACCGCCUACUCGACGGCCGCCCGCCUCUUCACGGGCACCCACCUCCCGCAGGUGUUUCUGGGCAUGCAGAACCACGCCGUGAACAACAUGACGGCGGCUGAGGAAUACCUCAAGUCAGCCUACUCGCUCUGCCGCACCGACCCGCUGCUGCUCAACGAGAUGGGCAUCGUGCUCUACCACCAGGACCGCCUCAAGGACGCGGCCAAGUUCUUCCGCCAGGCGCUGCGCAUCGCCGACGAGACCGACGCCGACCCGCACGCCUGGCUCGGCGCCCGCACCAACCUGGGCCACGCCUACCGCCGCCUGAGGCUAUUUGACGAGGCCCUCGACGAGUUCGACGCGGUGCUGCGCGACGGCGGCAAGAACGCCGCCGUCUUCUGCGCCAAGGCCCUGAUCCUGCUGGAUAAGGGCCUGCCGGACGAGGCGGCGCGGGUGCUGCACGAGGCCCUAGCCGUGAACCCCCAGGAUCCCAUCGCCACGGAGCUGCUGAAUAAGGCGCUCGAGGAGUCGUCCAGGGGGGACGUGGCUGUGUUGAUAGGAGGGCUCAGCACGGGGCUUGAUCUGGCCGGUGCCGAGGACGAGGAGUUGGCGGAUAUGGAUCGGUUCGAGGCCGAGUUAGACGAGAAGAAAGCUGCGGCGAGAGCAAGGUUGGAGCGGAAGGCGAGGUGGAAGACGGCGGUGGCUGGGGAUAAAGGGAAAGGGGUCAUGACGGGGAAUGCGGGUGCGGGCGCGGGCGGGAAGCGCGGUGGUGGGGGUUGCGAGGUCGAUGAAAAGGGAGACGUUAUGAUGGAUAUGAGCGACGAAUACUGAAAAGGGUUGUUUCAUUUGUAUUAGCAGAGGGAUACUGUGUUUUUGUAUCGGCCUGGGAUGGAUACUGUCAUUGGUAUGGUACGGCCUGGCAUGCAUAGCGAUCGGCGCCGGAGCAUUUAUGGGAACGAUCAAAAGGGGUCGGUAGAAACGCAUCGGCGACAGCCAUGCAAUCAGUUGUGGGAAGGGUAAAUACCGGGUUGUCUCGCGCUCGCCCCUUGAUCUUCAUCUCUCAACGGGCCAGAACCUCGAGGUGUGAGCAUCCCGUGUCCUUAAACCUCCCUCUGUUCUGCUUCAUCACCGCUGCCGUCAGAAAGUACGUUCUUUCGGUAGUGAGUUGUACUUGUAAAAUGCAACAGGACAAAC